AUGUCCAAUAUUCUACCGUAUAACUUUGAUACUCAUCCACCACCAACACCAACAACAACAACUCAUGGUUCAAUGACCCAUUCUUCUUCUUCUUCCUCGUCUCACAGAUUCGCUUCUUCAACAGCAGCACAUGUUUCCGCCAUCACCCCGCCACCGCCUGUUACUAUCAACUCUCAUUCCUCCUCAUCCUCACUUUACUCCACUGCCACUACCAUGACCACACCCACUCCUCCAUUAUCAGCUCUUACAGUAGCCGAGUGGGCAGGUGUCAAGCAAGAUACCAAUCAAUGUUUGCAAAUGAUUCCCGAUGCACAAACCGAAGAGACGAGCGAUUGGCGAGAUGUUCAUCGUAAUAUCAAGCGAAUGGAUCAAUUGUAUGAUGCAACAUUCUAUUCUUGGCUCAAGUCAGAGGAUAAUGUACUUGUCACAGCAAUGUAUUUACACAGAAUCGCCAAUGAGUAUCCACUAGAAAGAGUUGCCAAUGCGUUAAAGUGGCUAGUGAGUGAUUGGCGUUGGGAAAGCACAAGUAUCUUGGUCCGUCACGUUACUGUGGAUUGGUGUGAUGAUGCUGGUGAUAUGAAACGAGCUUAUCUAUUACGACAUUUGACACACAAUUGGGCAACACAAUACACAGCAACCCUUAUCACAACCAUCCUUGCAACACCACCCUAUUCUACCAGUACCAGCAUACAACGUGAACGUUUCUUACGUGCAUUCACCAAAGAUUGGGACUUUUCAAAGCUCUCAGAAUUCUUCAUGUACCUUCAGAGCAGAGCCAACAUUGACUACAAGUUGAAAUGUGUGAUGCUUCAAGAAGCUGCAAGGAAAGAAAAAGAAACCCUUAGUGCCAAGCUGAGGAUUCGAAAGCGUCGAGCAGCUCAACGAUUCGAUACAACACAAGUUGAUGGUUGCCAACAACAACAACAACAACGAGUAACAGGUUCUGAAUCCAACAUGGAUCGAGCACCCCAACCAGUCCACAUCACCAACAAUGACACCAACAAUGAAUCUACCUCCUCCCCUCGAUCAGAAAAUCCACCAUCCACCGCCACCGCCAACAUCUCCACUACUACGACUACGACUACUGCUACUACAUCAUCCACCACCACCACCACAACAACAACCACGCCAAGUGGAACUUCUACGCCAACUACCAAUGAUACCACCUCAACACCUUCAUGGCGACAUCAUCAUCGAAGAACUUCAAGUAAUGCUGCUGCUGAUAUGAGUAAAUGUUUUCGGAUAUCGGAAUCGAAUGAUCACCAACAUCCACCAUCAUCAUCAUCUUCAUCCUCAUCUUCAUCCUCAUCUUCAUCAUCAUCGACGUCGCCAUCAUCAUCAUCAGCAUCAUCUUCAUCUUCAUCCAAUUCCAUUGCUACUACAGUAACAGCAUCAUCCGAUCCAUGUACUGUUGCUCCAUCUUCGUCUUCUUCCAAUUCCAGACGAGCAGCUACACCUGAUUAUGCAUAUCAUCACAUGCGAUGUGCCACAAUCACCAACGCCACAACCGAGAAUACGACAACAGCCAAUGGCUCAAGUCAUCUUCAUCUUGGAUUCACAUCUACCAAUACAACAACAACGACAUCAUCAUCAUCAUCCCAUCAUCAUAACAGCCCAUCUGAACAUGCAGCUGUUGUCCCAUCCAUAGCUACGGCAACAUCCUCUUCAUCCAUCUCGCCAUCCUCCUCUACAUCCGCUGCAACAACAAACAAUCCAUCCGUGGUUGAUAUGUUCACGACUUCGCCCUCUGCCAAUGCUUCAAAUACUGCUGGUUCAAGACAUAGCUGCUUUCAAUCCAGCAAUGUAGUACCAUCAUCUCCUUCCUCGUCAUCUCACCAUCAUCAUCAUCAUCAUCACCACCAUCACCAUCACCAUCUCCAAGUGCACAAUUUACGAUUACGUCGUCGAUCCAGCUCAAGUUCAUCUUCCACAUCGAAUGGAUCUAGCACAUCAGUCAACCGAACAGCAGUAGAACAACAACCCUCAUCCGUUGAAGAUGAUAGUUCAUCGGCUAUGAAGAAGCGAUCUUCUACAGCAGUCAAUCAGGAUACUUCAGUUUAUCGAUAA